AUGGCGAAGGGUACGCACUACCAACUUACCGCACCGUUCAGCAUGCAACCAAGCAUCGAUGACCAGAAGGCACUGGGGAUCCUCAUCGAGACGAUCGAGCCCAGCCACCCACCAUCAGCCGACAAAAAGAUUGAUCGCAUCCAAGUCGCGAUGGAAUGGACCAAGCUCACCUGGGACCCGCGCCAGGAGACACUGCCGGACUUUUCAACCGAACGGGGCGAGCGCAUUUCGUCCAAGAGCACAUGCCACUACUGUGUCAAGACUGGGCACUGGCAGGCCGAAUGCCGAAAGAAGAUCCGCGAGAGCGGCCGCCACAGAGCCAAGAUGCGCGACACCAAGGAAGACCACUCCAACGCGGCGGUAUACAUGUUCUCAAGGUUCGAGAACGGACAUGACCAAGACAUGGUCAACUCAGACGACGAAUCGAAGGAUAACGAAGACAUCCAACCCACCGUCAUUGAUGCCGGCAACACUGAACCCAUCUACCUUGGGGAACCCGGCGAAGUCCUUCCACUCCGCACUGACCCAGACUAG